AUGUGCGGCCCAUCUCGACCAAGUCACGGUGGCUGUAUCGCCGUCAUCUUCCCCCUGGCAGAGACGAGUCCGUAUCCUCUAUUCUUCAACCGAGAUGAAAAGACGACAAUCAUGAGGUUGGGCGAGGAGGCGUCUCUAGCAAGUUGCACAGCACUUCAUAUGCGGAUAGAAACACACGGAGAUAUUUCCCAGACAGCAGAAGGAAGCCCAUUAUAUUGCUUCACUCUUGAUCCACGCAAGAGACAGUUUGAUCUGCCUGAACUAGAGCUGGGUGUGUCGGAGCGAGGCAUCGUCGGCCGCCAGAUCACUCUAUUCAUGGACGAAAAGGAGGUUGGCAGGGGGAUAAUUGGAUAUAACUGA